CGCUGGGGAGCUGCGCGGUUGCACUGGGUCCCCCUGUGCAGCCGCAGGUGCCUGAGCCCGCACGCAGCCCUAACUGGCUGCUCCUGCAGCCGCGUCCUGCUAGGCAGGUGUCUUCUGUGCCCAUUGCUCUUGGCCUGAGGAGUGCGGUCAGCCCCAGCUCCUCGAAUGGAAGCAUCAUUCUGAGAUACCCCUAACUUUGCAGGACUUAUACUGGACAAAGAUGAGUAUUUCUUCCAGCAUCCUGUAACUAGACUGACCAUAUCAGUGCAGACUUUACCAUGGGAGCCAACACGUCAAGCAAAGCACCAGUGUUUGAUGAAAAUGAGGACGUCAACUUUGAUCACUUUGAAAUUUUGCGAGCCAUUGGGAAGGGCAGUUUUGGGAAGGUCUGCAUCGUGCAGAAGAAUGAUACCAAGAAGAUGUAUGCCAUGAAGUACAUGAAUAAACAGAAGUGUGUGGAGCGCAAUGAAGUGAGGAAUGUCUUCAAGGAACUCCAGAUCAUGAAGGGCCUGGAGCAUCCUUUUCUGGUGAAUCUGUGGUAUUCCUUCCAAGAUGAGGAAGACAUGUUCAUGGUGGUGGACCUGCUACUCGGUGGGGACCUGCGUUAUCACCUUCAGCAGAAUGUCCACUUUCAGGAAGACACGGUGAAGCUCUUCAUCUGUGAGCUGGCCAUGGCCCUAGACUACCUACAGAGCCAGCGCAUCAUUCACAGGGAUAUGAAACCUGACAAUAUUUUACUGGAUGAACAUGGGCAUGUGCACAUCACAGACUUCAACAUUGCUGCUCUGCUGCCCAAGGAGACUCGGAUCACCACCGUGGCUGGCACCAAGCCUUACAUGGCACCUGAGAUGUUCAGCUCCAGGAAGGAAACAGGAUACUCCUUUGCUGUCGACUGGUGGUCCCUGGGGGUGACAGCUUACGAACUGUUGAGAGGCCGGAGACCAUAUCAUAUCCGCUCCAGUACUUCCAGCAAAGAAAUUGUGAACAUGUUUGAGACGGCAAUUGUAACGUACCCUUCUGCUUGGUCGCAAGAGAUGGUAUCCCUUCUUAAAAAGCUACUUGAACCUAAUCCAGACCAACGGUUCUCUCACUUGACUGACAUUCAGAAUUUCCCUUACAUGAGUGACAUGAACUGGGAUGCAGUGCUGCAGAAGAGGCUCAUCCCCGGCUUCGUUCCAACUAAAGGCAGGCUCAACUGUGACCCCACUUUUGAACUGGAAGAAAUGAUUCUGGAGUCCAAACCUCUUCACAAGAAAAAGAAGCGCCUGGCAAAAAAAGAGAAGGAGAUGAGAAAAUGUGACUCCUCUCAGACAUGUCUUCUUCAAGAGCACCUUGAUGCUGUGCAGAAGGAAUUUAUAAUUUUCAACAGAGAAAAAGUAAAAAGAGACUUUAAUCAAAGACAAGCAAAUCUAGCCUUGGAACAAACCAAAAACAAUGCAGAAGAGGAGGAUGGCGAGAAUAACAACCUGUGAGGUUUCAUCAUUUUGGGGGGACAGUUCUCCGUACCUGGCCAGAAACUUCUGAUUAUCACGUCCAGAAAAGCUAAGGGCAGUCCUUACCACUUCACACCUCACGACUUACAGAAUGUGAAUGAACAUCCUUCGAAGGUGGCAACACUCUACAGCGAAGAGAGCCCUGGUUCUGAGCUCCUCAGAUCUGAUUUCACCACUAGUGAACUCUGUGACCUUAAGCAAUUCGUUUAACGACUUCCUCUGUUUCUGUUCACUGCUCGAAAGGUAGAGCGUUAUUUCAGAUGAGCUAGCCUUUAGUCUGUUAAUGCCACAGUUCUUGUUCUAAACAGGCUUUAUUUUUAUUUUUAAAUGAAUAUUUGAAUGUA